UUAUUUUAUUUAAAUUAAGGGGUCGUAAGCAUUAUAAUUAGCAUGGAAAAUAAAAAUGGAGUCACAGCACAUUAGAUGACAGUUAAAAAAUUUGUAAAUCGAAAUUAGUGUUUUUUAUUUCGUUAAUGAUAUUAAUGGAUAACUUAACCUCUUAAAAAAUGAUUUUGUAUUCAUAAUCAGAUAUUGAUGUUAAUAAAAAUUGAAAAAACUGUUGAUUUAUUGCCGUUAUGAUCAUAGGAAAGUAAUGAAAAAUUUAUAAUUUUCUAUUAAAAAAUAAUGAAUCAGUCAUCAACACGCAACACAAUAUUUUCCCACGAAUUCACUUUUAAAAUAACGGAAAACAAUAAAUAUAUUGAUUCAGAACGUGUUGAUCUCAUAAAUUCGUCAACUAAUGGACAAUUUUAUAUAUCUGCCCUCGUCACUGAUAAAAAUCAAUUAGACGUCAAAAUAUUUAAAACAUUUUUACAAUCAGCUAUAGCUACUAUUUACAUAAAAGUCGCCGAUCAAGCUUAUUCGAUAAUCGACAUUUCAGAUUGGAAAGAAUCAUGUGAAAUUUACAAUAUCCCAAUUCCGAGUUAUUGUUACAAAUGUUACUAUUGCAAAAAGGUCGGGCCUCACAAAGAACACGAUCUACUUUUUACAUACUUCAAAAUAACAAGUAAAAUAAUAUGGUACGGAUUUAUUGACGAGUUCAAAUUAUCGGAUCUAAAUCACGAUGUACAAAAUUACCCAAUUAGAUCGGAAUUCAGUGACGUUGUUAUAAAAACCCGGGACAAAAUAUUUCCAGCUCAUAAAAUUAUUUUGGCUAUUCAGAGCCCGGUUUUUGCAAAAACAUUGACUACGGAGACUAAAGAAUCUAAAGAAAACUGUAUCUUCCUUCAGAAUGUCGACGGAGAUGUAGUCGAGGAAUUAAUGACGUUCAUGUAUGAGCGUAAGUUGGAAAAAGUUUACAAUGAUGAUGUCAUUGCAUUAAAAUUAUUCAAAAUUGCGGGAAUGUAUCAAAUUAAAAAAUUAGUAAGUAUUUGUGGGUUAAUAUUGAGCAAAAGUUUAACGAUGAAUAACGUUCUGAUGCUGUAUGAAACCGCUAAAAAAUACGAUUCAUUUAUUUUGAAACAUCGAGCGAUGGCGUUUAUUUUGAUAAAUCGUAAUGAUAUUAUUCCUUCUAAUAUAUUCAAGGAGUUUUGUAUAAAAGAGCCUGGACUAAUGUAUGAAAUAAUUGAAAAUCUCAACAAUAUAUAUUAGAAUAUGUAAUAAGAUAUGAGCUUGGAAACAAAUAUAUUAAAAUUUUAAUGUAGGCCUGCAAGUCUUUACUUUAUUUGCUUUUAACUUCUGA